AUGGACUCUAACUUAACGGUGGAUCUUGUUCACAAGACUCCGCUUUUUUUGCGGACCGCUGCGGCAUUUCAUAUAAAAUAUGGCAUGGUGUGGGAGCGGCGCGCUUCCGACGACGCUCCACUAGACCAGCCUCAAAGUCCCAAGUCCGAUUUUGAGACUCAACAGGCCGCCAGCUGUCGGCAGAUGUACAUGAAGAACUUUCUCUCUACAUCCUCUUUCCGACCCGUCUGCGAACACUUAAAAUCUAUAUCGCCUUUUCAGAACCGCCAUCUUCCCAAGCGCAAAUACGUUUUGGAUUAUCCUAUGGUCGUCUGA